UUUAACCCUUGAGCCGCCCAGAAUAGCCACCCAAAUUGCGAUCUCUCUCUUCUCUCUCUCUCUCUCGUCAAAAAAUAUCUACGGAAACACCAACACAAAAACUUGCUAUAAUCUCCAACAACACCAGCCAUCAUGCCCCUCCAUUCAUCAGUAUUCCCAUAAACACCACCAACCUUACCUUCUCCGAUCAUCAACCCUAAAGAAAGCAGCAAAAGAAAGCUAAGCAUGUCUUCUACACUUGAGGAAUCUCUAAGAUCUCUAUCGUUGGAUUACCUCAACCUGCUCAUCAACGGUCAGGCCUUCAGCGACGUCACCUUCAGCGUGGAGGGCCGUCUAGUACACGCGCACCGCUGUAUCCUGGCGGCAAGAAGUCUAUUCUUCAGGAAAUUCUUCUGCGGGCCCGAUCCUCCUUCGCCCUCUGGCCUGGAUCCUCCAGGACAGAGGAUGAACUCGGGGUCGGGCUGCAGAACCCCUACAGGGGUAAUACCCGUGAACUCCGUGGGGUACGAGGUGUUCCUGCUCAUGCUGCAGUUUCUGUACAGCGGGCAGGUAUCCAUCGUCCCCCAGAAGCACGAGCCACGGCCCAAUUGCGGCGAGAGGGGCUGCUGGCACACGCAUUGCUCCUCCGCCGUCGAUCUUGCUCUAGACACACUCGCCGCCGCUAGAUACUUCGGCGUUGAGCAGCUCGCAUUGCUAACUCAGAAACAACUAGCGAGCAUGGUGGAGAAAGCUUCCAUUGAAGAUGUGAUGAAGGUCUUGGUAGCUUCAAGAAAGCAAGACAUGCACCAACUGUGGACUACAUGCUCCCACCUUGUAGCCAAGUCCGGUCUCCCACCGGAGGUUCUCGCCAAGCACCUCCCCAUCGACAUCGUCGCCAAAAUCGAAGACCUCCGUCUAAAAUCCUCCCUCGUCCGCCGUACCGCCGCCUUCCUCCCCCACCACCACCACCCGGACCUCUCGGCCGCGGCAGACCUCGAGGACCAAAAGAUCCGCCGGAUGAGACGAGCGCUCGACUCAUCCGACGUGGAGCUCGUAAAGCUAAUGGUAAUGGGAGAAGGGCUCAAUCUCGACGACGCAUUGGCUUUGCAUUACGCCGUCGAGAAUUGUAGCCGCGAAGUGGUGAAAGCCCUGCUGGAACUCGGGGCAGCCGAUGUCAACUACCCUGCAGGUCCAGCAGGAAAAACACCGCUUCAUAUCGCGGCGGAAAUGGUUUCGCCCGAUAUGGUGGCGGUCCUGCUGGACCACCACGCUGACCCAAACGUCAGAACCAUCGACAACGUGACGCCAUUGGACACACUAAGAACCCUAACCUCUGAUUUUCUGUUCAAAGGCGCAGUCCCUGGCCUGACUCACAUUGAACCAAACAAAUUAAGGCUGUGUUUGGAGCUUGUUCAAUCGGCGGCACUUGUUUUGUCUCGUGAAGAAGGUAACGCCAAUAACAACAAUGUUGCUUCUUCUACAACGCAACAUCAUCAUCAUAUUUAUCCUCCUUCCAUGAACGAAGAUCAUCAUAGCAGUUCAAGCAGUGGCGGCAACAAUAACAAUAACACCAACGUUAACUUGGAUUCCAGGUUGGUGUAUCUUAACCUUGGUGCCACCUUAGGUGGUGGUGGUGGUGGCGGCGCCUCCGGUCAAAUGAGUUCAAGGUUGGAUGGUGAUGAUGAUAACCGUCAUGGUGAAGCAGCAAUGUACCAUCACCACCACCACCAUCAUCACCAUUCUCAUCAUGACUUCUAGAAGCUCUCUUUCUCUACCUAGCUAUAGCUAUAUAGGUGCAGUAAUUUAUUUUUCUUCUUCUUCAUUAUAUAAAUUAAUUACUGAUUUUAUUUAUAAUUUUAGUGGUUUGAUUUUUAAUUUAGUGUUUUAAUUCUAAUUGAAUUGCCAUGGAAAAAAAUGGGGGAAAUUAAAAGGAACGGAAGAUCGAUGAGAGACGACUUUGUUUCUUGCUGUGUCAGAUGGAAUAGACUAGUAAUAGUAUUUACUAA